AUGCAGCAGGCAACUACACUUCUCUGCUCUCCGACGCUGCCAUUCUCUAACCAUCCCCUUCUUUCUCCUCUUCGAACCCGACCUUUUCUCACUCUCUUACCUCCUUCCCCUCUACAAUUGUUGCGCUUCAAACCUCCACGGAAUCACCUUCGUCCCAUCAUUUCCCCUCUCCACAGCACUGCUACCCAAGAGAUUGUUGAAACUUCAAAGAGUGAAUCAGAAUUUGUUGAAGUUGGGUAUAUUUCUAAUGUUCAUGGCCUUCAGGGAGAGAUUUCUGUAAAACCAACUACAGAUUUUCCUGAGCUACGCUUUUCCAAGCCUGGGAGAAGAUGGUUAAGGCAACGAGUUUCAGGCAAAGAUGUAAUUCGGGAAGUGGAGCUGGUUGAAGGAAGAGGACACCAUGGACGCAAGAGUUGGAUACUUAGAUUUGGGGGAAUCGACACAGUGGAUGAGGCUAAGCUGCUUGUUGGGUCAACUUUACUUGUACGAGAACAUGAAAGGCCAGAGUUAGAAGAAGGAGAGUUUUAUUCUCGUGAUCUCAUUGGAAUGAGAGUGAUCCUUAAGGAAACUGGUGAAUGUGUGGGAACUGUUGUUAAUGUUUUCGACAAUGGAGGUAAUGAUCUUCUGCAGGCAAUGCUCUACAGAUCUUCAGAUGUGCCUGAUGGAACUGAAAAGUCAAAGCCAGCAGAAUCAGGGGUAUCUGGUCACCUUGCUUGGAUACCUUUUGUUGAAGCAAUUGUUCCAGAUGUCGAUAUGAAUAAAAGAGAAAUGAGGAUUACGCCUCCAAAAGGACUUCUUGAGUUAAACGUACGCCUGGAUGAGAGGUCCAAGAAAGAAAGGCGCGAACUUGUUUCUCUUAGGAUAGAAGAAAAGGACCCCUUUGUUUCACCUUUUCCAGAUUGGUCUGCUGUUGAUCAAUCACAUACACUUGCACUGGUUGGUGCUUGGGGCUCAAGAGGCAUCUUUGACACAUUUCAGGAUUGGAGAGAGAGAAAGAAAUUCCAAAGACGCCUUAUAGCAGCUAAGAAGAAACUCUCUGAAAUGGACCAAAAGCAUGUAUUUGAUGGACUCAGAUAUGGGGACAAAUCUAAAAGGGGGUUACUGGCAGACCAGAUUGUUGGUGUAAAUUCCAAAUUGCUUCAACAAGCCUUGGAAAAUAUAGAGAUAUCCUCUAAGAGAUGCUUUGCAACUGAGUUAAUCAGUGCCACAAGAACCAAGGUAACAAAAAGUUCUUUGAAGAUAUCAAAGGAGUUCAUCACUUGUGCAAAUGAAGAGAAAUUGGGAGCGAAUUUCAAAUUGCAAGAAAAAGGAUCGUCUCUCUAUUCUAAAGGACAGGUGGCCAUCGUUUUAGUUUUGAAUGACAUUGAGAAGGAAAAAGGGGAUAAUCCUGGUGUAGUUGACUCUGAAAGUAGUGAGAAUUCACUGCUUUUCUUCCUUCAAAAAUUAGUUUCUGAUGAUCAGACAUUUGUAAAGAUGGAAGACCGUGCAUCUGUGCCUUUGAUUUUGGUUUGCCCUGCGCAAGAAAUCCAGUCUUUGGAAAAGCUGUUCUCAAAUAAUGAUUACUUCGCAUUCAACUCCAACAACGUAUGGUUUUUGGAAGAAGAGAAAAUUCCAGUUGUUAACAGUUCUGAAGAAGAACAGAAGAGACAUAAAAUCAUGAUGAAGUCACCAUGGGAAAUGCUGCAAUCACCAGUUGGAUCUGGAGGAGUUAUUAGCUUGCUUUCUUCUGUCAAUAUUGCAGAGAAUCUCAGCGAAAUGGGUGUGGAGUAUAUUGAGAUUUGCAGUAGCAGCCAAAAAUAUUUUGCUGGGAGUUCACUUCUACUUGGGUUUGUUAACUCACGCAAAGCAGAAAUAGGGAUCAAAAUUGGCGAAGAUACAAAAGAUCUAGAAGGAAGUUUUGACAUGAUAUUUUCCUUGAACUUCAUGAAGUUGCUGGCGCAACAAAUCCAUAAACUCCAGUUCUAUGCAAUCCCAAAGCCAAAUCUGCACGUCGAGGUGGUUGAUAAGGAGUGGAUUGAUGUUGUCCCAUCAUCUCCCAACUCAUAUGAACUGCGUUCUUCUAUUUACGGUUCCUUGAUGAAUGCUUGUCCUCUUGAGAAGAUUUGUGUAAUGGAGAUAACAGAAUAA